AGUUAGAGCUGGCUGUACUUCUCUAGUUUAAAUAAUUGUUUGCAGGAUAAAGUCUCCUCUAACAGAAGAAACUGGAAAGAGAGAGAAAAAAAAUCUCACUAUUGAAUUUAAAUGCUCUCAGCAUGUCGUCAUCCUUUGUUCUUUGAAAACCCCUUUUGAUUGAUGGUUGUGUUAUGAAAUUCCGAGCCCCAGUCAGUGUAGCUGAGGGCUGAGGCUCCAUAUAUCCCAGUCGGCUAAGAGGGAGCGUUGUUGACACCUGUUUGUGGGGAAGGGAACAGCAGCCCCCGCUCAGCCACAUCUGGCACGGCGAAGUAUGUUCUUAUGUGACCGGGGCUGCCGGUGAAUGCAGAGGCGGUGCUAGUGCCAGAAGUAAACUCUGCUCAGUUCUCCAGAGAAGAGAGGGGAAAAAAAACAUCUCCCUGGGAGUCCGAGCAGAGCCACGAUCAGAGAGAGCUGUAUGGGCUGUGCUCUAAGUCUCGAUUGCUGCGGGAAGGAGCUGUGUGGGCCCUCAGAUGAAUCUGCGAGGAGGAAAGAAAAAAUGAGGCUCACAAAGCCUGGUAAGGUCGAUCCCCCGAGUACUCACAGCUUUAAGGAGAAAACAUUUAAGAAGAAAAAGAACUGUGCAGUAUGCAAACAGCCAAUCACAUCACCGGGAAUCCUAUGUCGUGUCUGCAAGUUAGCAAGUCACAAGAAAUGUGAGCCCAAGGUGAUGACAAUCUGUGUACCUCCAGCCCCACGAAGCCUGGAACUUCCAAGAAAGGGGACUGGAACAGUAAGGAAUAUUGAGCAUUUGGGGUCAACAAAAUCUUUGAAAGGCACACAUCAAAGGAGCACUCUGCCAAGGAGUUUCAGUGUGGACCACGUCAUGGAGCGGAACUACGACUUUGACCUGACAUACAUCACGGAGCGGAUUAUUUCCGUUUUCUUCCCACCCGUGCUUGAGGAGCAACGAUACCGCAGCAAUCUGAAGGAGGUGGCCCAGAUGCUGAAGUCCAAACAUGGAGACAGUUACUUGCUUUUCAACCUAUCUGAAAAGAGACAAGACAUUAGCAGACUCAACCCCAAGGUUCAUGACUUUGGCUGGCCUGAUCUUCAUGCCCCUCCCCUGGACAAGAUCUGUGCUAUCUGCAAAGCCAUGGAGAUGUGGUUGAACUCAGACUCCCAUCAUGUGGUGGUUUUACACUGCAAGGGCAACAAAGGUCGAACAGGAGUGAUCAUUGCAGCCUACAUGCACUACAGCAAGAUCUCUGCAGGGGCUGACCAGGCUCUCAGCACACUUGCUAUGAGGAAAUUCUGUGAGGACAAAGUGGCUCCUGCGAUACAGCCUUCGCAGACCAGGUACAUUUAUUACUUCAGUGGCCUGCUAUCUGGAGCAAUCAAAAUGAACAGCAUGCCCCUGUUCCUCCAUCACGUCAUCAUCCCUGCUAUUCCCAGCUUUGAGCCUCACGGAGGAUACCACCCAUUCCUGAAGAUUUAUCAGUCUAUGCAACUUGUUUACACAUCAGGAAUCUACAGCGUCCAAGGCCCCGGGUGUAAGAAGCUAUGCAUCUCAAUCGAGCCAGCCUUACUGCUGAAGGGAGACAUCAUGGUGAAAUGUUACCAUAAGCAAUACAAAAACCCGGAACGCGACGUUGUUUUCCGAGUACAGUUCCAUACUUGUGCUAUCCAUGGCACCCAACUGUGGUUUGGAAAGGAUGAACUGGAUGAUGCUUACGGAGAUGACAGGUUUCCAAGAGAUGCCGCAGUAGAGUUUGUUUUCUCUUCAGGCCCAGAAAAAACAAAAGAUGGAGACCAUUUGAGGAAUGAUUCUACAGUGACUGUGGAUUACAACACAUCUGAUCCCACAAUCCGAUGGGAUUCUUAUGAGAACUUCAACCUUCACCAUGAGGAUGGCUUGGAAGGAGUACCACACACGCGAGGCCCACUGGAUGGAAGUCUCUAUGCCAAAGUGAAGAAGAGAAGUCCCAGCACUGGCACCGCCAACGGCAGCCCGUUAAGCGUUGUGUCUGUUCACUGCGGGCACACCUUGUCUGUCAGCACAGACUCGGGUCACUCCACCGCUUCGGUGAAGACAGAAGAGCACAGUGUCUGCACGAGGCAAACUCCAUCGCAAGUGGAGAAGGAGCAGUUGGAUCAGCUUCUCAGUGGGUUUGGAAUGGCCACAGUGAAGAACAUGCACAAUGUGACCACACAGCCUGGGACAGCCUCGCAGAGUCGUGCCAAUGGGCGACCCAUUGCCAAUGAAAGGGAGACAGACAUUCUGGAUGAUGAUGAUGGCUGUGAGAUAAAUCGGUUUGCCACCUUACCAAGGAACAUUCAUCACACCGCCCAUCCCUAUCCUUUCAAAGCCAGCCACCAGUCGCCAGAACGCAGAAUACCUGGAUACAGCCACAGUCCUGAUGGAAUUCGAAAUGAUAUCUACUAUAGACCUGAUACAACACUGGACCAUCGAAGACCCAUGUAUGAAAGGAAUGUGCCACAAAUGAAUGACAUGGGGCUGGAGGGCAGGCCACAUGAUUCUUACACGCAUGUGAAAAACAUAGACAGCAUUCACCAUCAGGCCGCAAUAUUGGAAAGAAUGAACUACCAAAGGCCACGCAAUGAAGUACUUCAGGUAUACUCACCUGUGUUCCAUCAGUAUCCUUGCGUGGAGAGAAUGCCUCAAGGUCCUAUCCAUCAAGUAAGGCAUCGAGAUGAUAUCCAGAGAGAUCAUGACCUGAAAACAAACAGGAACCGACUACUUGAUUACCGUCAGAUGGAAGGUCUCCUUGAUGGACAGCACGUACAAUUUCUUGAGCAAGACCCUUCCGAGAUUAUGUCUCAUGGUUGUGCCUGUCGGAACUGCUCCUUAAAGAUGUCAGAAGAGGAGAUCGAGAGAUCGGCAGCAGCGUUUAACACACUCAAACUGGAUCAUGACUCCUUAUACCAGCACCCUUGUUCUCCUAAUCCAGAUAUGUGGCAGCAUGAGCAUUUGAAACCACAUUUGGUAAACCACCCUAUAAGAAAUGGUCAGGCACCUCCGCCACUUCCUUUACUGAUGCCUGAACAUUCAUAUGGCCAGUACCCACGAGGACACGGAUACAGCCCAUUCAGUUAUAACCAUGUACAUGCCAAUAUUCCAAUACCAGCACCAAUGAUGCACACAUAUCCCUCUCAGAUUUCACCCUCCUCUCGUGGACAGCUUCAGAGAGGUAUGGAAGGAUCUCCUGAAUCACAUGCUCAUUUCAUAAGGUAUCCGGAAUUAAAAUACAACCCAGAUUAUCAACAGCAUUCACACUGUAAUUUUCCAUAUGAUCAUUAUCAAGAGCAACACUGUGCCAACAGAAACUGUGAAGGCUUUCCAGGUAGUCCACUCAUGUCAUCCUCAGUGCUGGGGCCUUCAGCUCAAGGCCUACAAAGGUCUGGUUCUACGUCGCCAGAGGCUCUGAGUUUCUCUCCGCUUCCAUCGAGAAAGCCAAGUACCUGUGACCAAGCGGCAAGAAUAGCAGAUGACGGUCAGCAAAGUGAAGAAGACACUCAUCCACACCAAUCAUCUGAAGUUCAACUCAACACUGAUCCAGUAUCCCAGGGGAAAGAAAAUUCCAUGUCCCACGGUCCUGGACAACUUCAGAAUCCCGAGAUUCAGCGGAGACACCAUCGAGAAGGCAUGGUAAUCUGUACAUCUGUAUCUCACGUGGCUGAAUCAUCAUCCCCUGUAUACACAAGCAGCCCUAUGUCCAAAACUGAAAGCACGGGGACAGCAGAGGACGGACAUGCAUCACCAUUCCAGCCAUCGAUGGUUUCUGACCCACAACGGACAACCCCACCUGGAACAGAAGCAAACCUUCAGCUUUCUGUCUCUCCCAUGUCAGGGAAGAGUGGUUCCUCUGUUGGUUGUCAUAGAAACGAGAGCCCAAGAAGCCCAAGAAGUCCAAGAAGCCCAGUGGACCAACUGCCGAGCAGCCAGCAGAUGAAUGGCAUGGAGACCAGCGCUGUGCCUGUUAACCCAGGGAGCCCACAACAGGCACUGACCAUUGAUACUCAGUUAAGUGUGAACCAAAACAAGAGGAUAGAUGGCUCCAAUGGACCUUCCUCAACCUGCAGCCCAGUGUUCAAAAGCUAUGCAGUAGACAGCUUCUCAGAUCACUGUGUCAUCAAUACACCUGGGAGUUCAACCUUCGUCAGAUGUCCACCUCACAGUGCUUUAAGUGUCCCUUGUUUUAUUAACUCCGCAAUGCAGCAUCCGUUGCUGCUCCCAGAUAUGAUCGCUCCACAGUCCUGCCAAGGAAGUCCGGAUUCCCAAGCCCCUCCAACUCCGGCCUUCCCUGUUUCCACGCCUUACUAUACUCCCUUCUCUCCUUCUGAAGUGUUCACCUACCAGUCGGGAAGCCCAGGGGGCCUCCAGCAACCCCCGUUGCCAGAGAAACGGCGCCUGUCUGCCAGCCAGGGAUUGGCCAACGGAAGGUCGUUCUCCCCCACACUACGCGGUGUUCAGGCUCCAGGUGAAAGUCCCGUGCAUCAUGUGACCUUCUCACCCACCACUUUGGAUUUCUCGGUGCCAUUGUUGCCAGACGGACAUCAGGAAAACCAGAUCAGUGCCAAGUUUGUACAGGACACCUCAAAGUUUUGGUAUAAACCAAACAUCUCCAGAGACCAAGCGAUUGCCCUUCUGAAAGACCGCAAGCCGGGCUCCUUCCUGAUUCGAGACAGCAAUUCGUUCCAGGGGGCAUAUGGCCUUGCCCUCAAGGUGGUGACGCCUCCAGCUAACCUCAGCUCACACAGCAGUAAAGGCGAUCCCAACGAGCUGCUGGUCAGGCAUUUCCUCAUUGAGACAGGCUCGAAAGGUGUGAAGAUCAAGGGCUGCCAGAAUGAGCCUCACUUUGGAAGCCUGUCAGCCCUGGUGUAUCAGCACUCCAUCACACCCAUCUCCCUACCCUACAAGCUGAAAAUUCCAGACAAAGAUCCCAUGGAUGAAACCCAGGAUAGCGUUGCCCCCGGCAACACCAGUACUGCUGCGGAAUUGCUUAAACAGGGAGCAGCUUGCAAUGUGCUGUAUAUCAACUCGGUGGAGACAGAAUCCCUGACCGGCCCGCAAGCAGUUGCCAAAGCAACCAUGCAGACAUUUGCCAUGAAGCCUCGGCCUACUGCCACCGUGGUCCACUUCAAAGUUUCAGUCCAGGGCAUCACCUUAACUGACAGCCAACGAAAGAUUUUUUUCAGACGCCAUUACCCAGUCAACACAGUUACGUUCUGUAAUCUGGACCCACAUGAUCGAAGGUGGACUAACGCAGAUGGAACAACAUCAAAAAUGUUUGGUUUUGUGGCCAAGAAGCAGGGGAGCACGUCUGACAACGUCUGCCAUCUUUUUGCUGAGCUCGACCCAGAACAACCCGCAUCAGCCAUUGUGAACUUCAUCACAAAGGUUAUGUUGGGGCCCCAGAAGAGAUGAGGCCAACAUAGUCCCUGGAUUCAAAGAGGAGCCAAGGAAGUCAGCUGAUGGAGCAGGAGCAAGAUGAAUGGCUACUUCUGUGUCACCAACGCUGUCAGAAAUGAAAGGAACAAGCUUCUUUCGAAUCAUCAGAUCUUUUUAAAACGAAAAAAAACCCCAUUUCUCUGUUUAAGUUCAGCCAGACCUUGCUAUAGCUUCUAUCUAAAUAUUCUGAUGACAGGACUUUCCUUGAAUAUCAAUUGAGGUUUAAUUGCUCCAGGGUCUUGAAAGGACAACAGUAGGAAGGGCUUGACUCCAUCAUGACCUCAUUUGCCUUCAGAGACCAAUGAAACCUUUAGGAGUAAAUGCAAUCACCACAAGAUAAGUUGGCCACUUUGAAUGGUGAUUGUACCGUGUUUUGGUGCGGAUUUUCAUUCCAUUGCCCAUGGGAGCUUGGUUACUGGCUGUGCAGUAUAUGAACAAUACCAAUGGAGGUGGGAGCUGAUAUUGAGAAAGGGCAUUGUUGGGUGAUUAAAGGAUGGUAGGUGACUUUUGUAAGGCACCGACAGAUUCAGGUUUGUGAAAUCAGGAGUACAGUACUUGUAUGGCACAGUAGAUCUAAAAAGGUACUAACACCCUGUACUAGCAGAUCCUUUGGACUGCACUGUUCUCCAAUUGACAGGCUCCCCAGGGUAGAACACAUUUGGUCCUUGCAAUCUAAUUUCAAUAUCAGCCCCACAUUUUAACGUUGGUCUAACUCUCAGAUCAUGCAAUAAUAGAUGACAGGAAGAGAGAGUGAAACUGAUGAUAAAUCAAUCGGAUGUACCUGAUGUAAGAAUCAAAUGUAACAGGCAUAGGAUUCUGUACUGAGAACUGUAAGACAGGUUAACUCCUGCAAUUCAUUUCAUUGCAUAACAGAAUGGAUCGACCAACACUGUAACUGUUCAAUCCAGAUAAAAGCCAAUUCCUAGGCUUUCUGAACACACACACAAACGCACACAUGCACACACACACACUCUUUCUCUCUCACUCUCCAAACCAGGGAGUGCGAUUAACCAGCUUCUUCCCAGGGCUCAAUGAGUAAGUGGGAUACGAAAGUCAAACAGACUCAGAAGGGACCAGGGUUCAGAUCUGUCUGUACUGAGCUAGGGCAAAGAGUUAUGGGGGGGUGGUGGGUGUGGGUGAUCGUAUGUGGGUGAGGAUACCAGCAAGCUCAGGUGCAUUCUGAAUAACCUAUGGACAUUUUCUGCCUGGGUACACAACGGACACUUGGACAGAUUGUAUCACCUCUCCAUUGCGCAACCAGAGUCAAGCAUGAAGGCACUCUUAUCCUGAUAGUAGGGCAAGAUAGCACAUCGGAACAGGAGAUCUGGGGGGGUUGGUGGGUGGAAGAUCCAAUGUAUAAGUCUUUGUACCAUAACGAAACAUUCAAUGCAGAAAAAUGCAAAACAAACCACAAUUUUACUCAAAAGUUGAUUGGACCAAUCUCUGAAUUGACUAUAUUUGGCUAAUACAGGUACAAUAGGCUGAAUGGCCUCCUUCUGUGCUGUAUCUUUCUAGGAUUCACUGUCCUGAGAACUGAAAGCAAGAGAAUUGGCCAACCUAUUGCCUGCAUUUAUGCUUGAGUGAGAAAUUCUCUACAAUAGCAAAUGUUCUGGACCAUUGGAAGCCUAUACCUUAAUCCAAUAAAAGUGUAUUUGAAGUUGUUUGUGCGCCAGAUGCCUUAAGUAGGACAAUAGUCAUAGCAAACAUAAAGGAGCAGCCACCUUAUCUAUUGGCAUUAGUUAAUGUUUAUCAAAUCAAACCCUAUCAUAAGACCUGUUUUUUUUGAGGGAGACAAUCUCACUUAUGAACACCCCUCUCUUGUUAGUACAUGUACAUUUAUCUCUUAUAAUUAUUCCUGGUCUAUUCUAUACCAAACAGAAUAAAUGAUGCUUUUGUGCCAUCCCAUAGCUUUUAGGGUCAGAAGGUGCAAAUUUGUCCACGUCCGACACAUGUACGUGCCUUCAUCCUGAGACAUUUCCCACAGGUUGGAAGGUCAGUUAUUCAGGAUUUAAAUGCAUCUCCAACAGCAAAGCUUCACUACCCAGCUCCUGGCCCCCCUUCCCCUGCUCCCUUAUCCAGUUUUACAUUUCAGAAGAGAUGGUGGCUCCAUCUCUUGCCCUGCCCAACUUCAAUCUUCUGUCAUAUUUUUCAAAGCAGAAUUAUCCCAAUAGCAAGUUACAACUUGCUUUUAAAUAACGUUAAGAAUUUUUAGAUAAUAAGUAAAAUUGCUUCUUUGCUGUACAUUUCCCAAUCUUUGAUGAAAGGUCAUCGACCUGAACCGUUAACUGUUUCUCUCUCCACAGGUGCUGCCUGACCUGCUGAGUGUUUCCAGAAUUUUCUGUUUUUAUUAUAGGUAAAGUUACUCCCUUCAUCAGAUCAAACAUUCCUAACUCUUCAGCAGAGUACAAACUAAUUGAAUUUAGAACAUUAAAUAGACAAAGAUUCAAACAAAAUAUUUUAAUGGUCCGUGAAAUAUAAUACCACAGCUUCCUAUUAAUUUAAAAUAUACACAACCUCUCUGUUAUCCUGGUAAAAAUUAUGCGGUGUCUAUUUAAAUAGAAGCAACUCCCACUAAAACAGCAGAGAGAGGAUUGCUAACAACCACACCAAGGCUGAAAUUCUGCUUUGGGAGCAGGAAACAGAAGCCAGGAUUUUUUUCUGAAUCGCCUCCCAAAAAAUGGUAGGUGUUGGGAAACCUCCACACUAGGCGGUGUCAGUAUUUUUGGGACUGCCUCCGUUCUUGACCUCAGCAAUACCUGAAAAUUCUGUCCUAAUAGACACGCUGAAAUCCCAGGGCAGCAUUCCUGAGGCAGUGGUCUAUAAUAUCCUGUAUUCCCUGAAAGCUAUAUCCCUGUGCACUGCGCCUUGGCUGGGCGGAAUGUGCGGAUUGCAUUUUCUUAAAAACCUUCUUGAUUUUUUUUUUGGUUGUUCCAUCUUCAAGCGAUGCCCCACAUCUGGACAAUUGGCUCAUUCAUGAUGGUCCAAAGUGAACUCAGAACCACGUGACAUGCCAACAGUCUGACAGCCCCUGGAAUAUUUGCGUGUGUUCUGCAGUGUACUGAACCUUCCUUUAUUCUGCGGCAUCAUCAGAACAAUGGCCAUUUCUGCAAAUAGUAGUGACAACUUCCUAUUUCCCACGACCGCUACUACCUAGAAGGACAAGGGCAGCAGACACAUGGGAACACCACCACCUGCAAUUUCCCUCCAAGCCACUCACCAUCCUGACUUGGAAAUAUAUCGCCGUUCCUUCAC